AUGAAUCACUCUCAGGGUUCCGUCAUAUUGCUUUCACCUAUCCCGUCGGUCCAGAUCAGGCCUUCACCUAUCUUGUCUGUCCAGAUCAGGCCUUCACCUAUCCUGUCUGUCCAGAUCAGGCCUUCACCUAUCCUGUCUGUCCAGAUCAGGCCUUCACCUAUCCUGUCUGUCCAGAUCAGGCCUUCACCUAUCCCGUCGGUCCAGAUCAGGCCUUCACCUAUCCUGUCUGUCCAGAUCAGGCCUUCACCUAUCCCGUCGGUCCAGAUCAGGCCUUCACCUAUCCUGUCUGUCCAGAUCAGGCCUUCACCUAUCCUGUCUGUCCAGAUCAGGCCUUCACCUAUCCUGUCUGUCCAGAUCAGGCCUUCACCUAUCCUGUCUGUCCAGAUCAGGCCUUUCACCUAUCCCGUCGGUCCAGAUCAGGGCUUUCACCUAUCCCGUCGGUCCAGAUCAGGGUUUUCACCUAUCCCGUCGGUCCAGAUCAGGGUUUUCACCUAUCCCGUUGGUCCAGAUCAGGGCUUUCACCUAUCCCGUUGGUCCAGAUCAGGGCUUUCACCUAUCCCGUUGGUCCAGAUCAGGGUUUUCACCUAUCCCGUCGGUCCAGAUCAGGGCUUUCACCUAUCCCGUCGGUCCAGAUCAGGGUUUUCACCUAUCCCGUCGGUCCAGAUCAGGGUUUUCACCUAUCCCGUCGGUCCAGAUCAGGGCUUUCACCUAUCCCGUCGGUCCAGAUCAGGGCUUUCACCUAUCCCGUCGGUCCAGAUCAGGGCUUUCACCUAUCCCGUCGGUCCAGAUCAGGGCUUUCACCUAUCCCGUCUGUCCAGAUCAGGGCUUUCACCUAUCCCGUCUGUCCAGAUCAGGGCUUUCACCUAUCCCGUCUGUCCAGAUCAGGGCUUUCACCUAUCCCGUCUGUCCAGAUCAGGGCUUUCACCUAUCCCGUCGGUCCAGAUCAGGGCUUUCACCUAUCCCGUCGGUCCAGAUCAGGGCUUUCACCUAUCCCGUCGGUCCAGAUCAGGGCUUUCACCUAUCCCGUCGGUCCAGAUCAGGGCUUUCACCUAUCCCGUCGGUCCAGAUCAGGGCAGAUAAAGGAGAAUGAUGAGAAGAAGCCAUUUUAAGAUAUUUAGAUGUACACCCAGACAUACCUUGACGCUAACCAGAUCAAAGUUAAUAAAUUAUUGAUGGGUUAAUAAAUUAUUUUUUCAUGCA